AUGGAGAUAAACAAAUUAAUCUUAUAUUUCUACGCAUUAAUAUUAGCAACAAUAUAUACAAAAUGUGUACAUACUAUAUUAAUAUCAGCAGCAUUAAGCAGGGAUCGUGUGGAAAAACAAAAAAAAUCAAAUAUUGUUGCAAUAGUAUACGAUACAACCAACUCUACAAUAGAGUAUAGUAGUGAAUAUUACGAUGUGAUCCUUCUAUUAAAAGAUUUUUUAAAAAACUCUAAAAAACAACUUAAAGAUACAGAAAUUACAAAGAACUUCAAACCAUUAGAUGUAAAAAAUAUAUCUGAUGAAGUAUUUUACCAAAAUUCUAAAAAAGAAAUAAUUGAUUUUUUUUUUUUCUUAGAUCAUAACUAUAAAUAUUUAUUCAACAAAUAUGUUUUAUCGUCUGAAUUAGAUGAAUAUAAUGAUGAUAUAAAUGGGGCACGUGCUUAUUUCAAUAGUAUAUUCAAAUCGAAUAGAAGUACCCCUGAAGACCGUGAAAAAUAUUUUAAUGGGUAUUAUAGGAUUAAAAAAUAUAUAGAUAUAUCAAUAUCCAUAAAUUUUGGUUUUUCUACAGGAUUAUAUAUUUUAUUAAUUCAAAUAGAUCCAGAUAAUAAGAAAUUUAAUUUAAAAUUUACAGAUUAUUUAACAAAACGUGAUGUAAAUGUUUUAGAAACUGCUCAACAAAUAACAAAAGAAAAUGAUCCAGUUUUUCAAAAUUUAAUUAAAACAAUGAAAGAUCUGAGAGUUUAUAAGGCUAGUGGAGUAUUCGAUUCUCCUGACCGUAAAUUAGAACAUUUAUGUUUAAAACGUGAUUAUGGAAUUACAUCCCCAAAUUGGGUUUCAUAUUUUCAUCCACAUAAUGAAACAUUAUGUCAUGUUGAUAUAAAUGGAAAUGGCGAUUGCUUUUUUUAUACAAUAAAGCAUUUAUUACAUCACAACGGAAUUAAUAUUUUGAAUUAUACUCCCAAUGAAAAUGUAAAUGAGAGCAAAUUUGUUCCUUGGUAUUUAGAAAUUAUAAGGAAGUAUCCUAAACAAGAAUUAUUUAACACAAUUGAUCUUAGAUAUAUAACAACAUAUUACAUUAUUAAAUAUUUCCCUGGUUAUAACAAAGAUGACGAUUUAGAUUCUAAAUCCAUACAAAGUAUGCUCGAAAUUCUAUCUAGUCUCGAAAUUUCGAAUUAUCAUUUAAAAAAACAUUCACUAAUUAAAAUGCUGAAAUCGAAUUAUCCAAUUUUAAAAUUCCUCGAUUUGGGAUCAUUUCUCAAAAAAAAACUGAAAUUAAUUAAGGGAAAAGGUGAUAAAGAACCAUAUAAAAACACUGACGCACCACAAAAUAGUCAAAAUUAUUCAACAAAAAAAUUAAAAACUGAUAAAAAAAAACAAACACGCUCAUCCCCAAAUUUAUCAAUUGAUCUUGCAGAUUUAAAACAUAAAACAAAAAAUCAUCAAGGAGUAUUGCAAGCAUCGACCAAAUUAGAAAUAAAUAGUACACUUGAAUCUGCUAGCAAUAUUGAUUACACCAAUAGUGCACCUAGUACUUCUAAAGAAGAAUACGAUAACAAUGUUGAUUACACCAAUAGUGCACCUAGUACUUCUAAAGAAGAAUACGAUAACAAUGUUGAUUACACCAAUAGUGCACCUAGUACUUCUAAAGAAGAAUACGAUAACAAUGUUGAUUACACCAAUAGUGCACCUAGUACUUCUAAAGAAGAACACGAUAACAAUGUUGAUGACACCAAUAGUGCACCUAGUACUCCUAAAGAAGAAUCCGAUAACGAUGUUGAUGACACCAAUAGUGCACCUAGUACUUCUAAAGAAGAAUACGAUAACAUUAAUGACUACAUUAAUAGUGCACCUAGUACUUCUAAAGAAGAAUACGAUAACAUUAAUGACUACAUUAAUAGUGCACCUAGUACUUCUAAAGAAGAAUAUGAUAACAUUAAUGACUACAUUAAUAGUAUACAUAGUAUUUCUAAAGAAGAAUAUGAUAAAAAACGUAAUAAAACAUAUGCUAAAAAUGAUGAAUUAAAUAAUCCAGCAAUAGAAGAAUAUAAUUGUGAUGAAAUUUUAGAAGAAAUCAAUGAAUUAAAUAACAGAGUGUAUGAAUUAAUUUUUUUCAAAUUAAUAUCACUGAAAGAAAAUAAUACAAUUGAGAUAACAGAUAAUAGUAUUCCCGGAGAGUUAAUUCCAAAAUUAAAAGGAAAAUUAUUAAAAUCAAAAGUUUUAUCUUCACAUCCUUUCAAAGACAUUCCCAAAAGAGGUGAUGUCUUUCCAUUUUUUAAUUUUAAUGAUAUAAAAAAACAAUUAUUUCAUCCAUUUAAUAUGAAAAGCUAUCAUAAUAUUGAUUUAUAUGGUGUAAUUGUAUAUACCACUUUUAACAAAGAACUAAUAAGAAAAAGAGAUAAAAAAAAAACCUAUAGUUUGAUAUUUAGCUUGCAUGGGGAUGAUUUAUCUUAUUCUUCGAUACUCAAUAAUGAUUAUCAUUUUACACAUAAUUAUGUACUUAUUGAAACAAAAACAAUGCACCAAAAAGCGUUAGCAUUAUUUUAUGAAAGGACAAGACCAGGUCAUUCACAUUGGGGAGAUGAAACUGAUUAUAAUGCUUUUCAAAAAAUGUUUAAUAUUGGUUUAAUUACAUUUAUGCAUGAUUCGACAAAACUAUUUUUUCCUAAAAUGAAUUUUGAAGAAUACCCUAAUUAUUUUCUAAUAUACUUUUUUUCAGAAAUGCAUUUUGAGCCUGCGGUUCAUGUCAUAUAUAAUCGAAACAGUAUAACUUAUAGAUCAUCUUAUGAACGAAAUCAUAUUCCUAACUCUAUAACAAAUAUACCAUAA